AUGGAGCCGUUGCGCGCUUGGAGGGCGCCGUCGUGGCGAACCCCGGCGGAACGCCGCGCGGCACCCCGCGCAGUGGCCGCGGCACCGCGGCACCCGCAGGCGACGGAAGCGGGUGGCGACGAAGAGGACUGUGUUGCACGCUCCGUCGCUGGUCAAGACGAGCGUUUGGGCUGGGACUCGCAGAUCGUCCUGGGUGCCUUGCGCCUGUACCGGCAAUUCAUCUCGCCGCUGCUGCCGCCCAAUUGCCGAUACGCGCCCAGCUGCUCCAGGUAUGGCAUCGAGGCGGUGAAGCGAUAUGGUGCUUUGCAGGGCGGUGUGUUGCUGAUUUGGCGGCUCAUUCGUUGCACUCCCUUGGUCCCCAUCGACCGGAGCAAGCUGGUUUUGUGUGGCAGAUGA